AUGGAUAACUGGUGGACUAGCUUUUGCAUUCUUGUUUCAUAUGUCAUUUUAUCCCAUAGUCAAACACAUAUACCUCUUACACAACCAACACUAACAUCAAUUACAGCCGUUAAUUCAACAGCUUUGACAGUCACAUGGGUAUUCGCGAAUGCAACCUAUGACCAAUCUGAUCUUAUACGAAUUACUAUUCAAUUUUAUGAAUUUUAUUAUAAUUAUGGUCCAGUAAAUACUUCCAUUAGUUACACAUUUACAGCCACCAAUAAAACUAUAACAAGUUUUACACAAAAUUUCGAUCUCGUUAAUGCUUUCUAUUAUGUAUGUCUGUCAUCGAAUUCGACGAACGUAAAUGCGCCUAGCCCUCUUGUGAAAAGAACUUGCUUGCUGAAACAAACAUGUUCAAGAGCAAAUUCAUCGAUAUGUUCACAAAUACCUUUUGUAAUUAUUUCCAAUGGAGCUAGUUCAUCGAAUUCGUUAAAUAUAAAUAUUAAUUGGCUAAAACAAUUGCCGUAUACUCAAAAUGGUGCUACUGUACAAUUGAUCAGCAAUGGUGCGACGGGGACAUUAUUAACGUCAACAGACAAUGGUACAUAUGUAAUUCAAACUUAUCAAAUCUCUAGUUUACAAUCGAAUACAAAUUAUACUGCUAAUAUAAUCGUUAAUUACACUAUUUUCGGUAGUAUUUUAACUGAUGCAAUUAAUUAUACUAUAUUAACAUCGCGAUCAUCGAACUUAUUCUCUACCGGUGAUAGUUUUAUUCUUAUGAUUUGUUUGGUGUUUUUAGUUUUUUCGAUUUAUUAA